CAAACCCCAACAUCCCCCACUCACCUCCCUUUCCCAUUUAUAGCCACCCUAAUUACCUCCUCCUCCUCCUCCUCCUCCUCCUUUAUAUUUAACUUCCCCAUUAUUAUUAUUAUUAUUAUUAUUAUUAUUAUUAACUCCCUCAUAACCUAGGAUAUAUAUGCUAUACUACCCCUGCUAAAUAUCUCCGAUCUUCUUCUUCAAUUUCCCUUCUUCAAUUCAUUAAGAAGAAGAGAGAGAAGAAAAAAAAAAACUAUAUAUGAUGAGUCCGAUGAAUCGUCCGGUCCGCAGUCUCAUCGUUGCCGUCCUUCCUUGUCUUCUGCUGGUGCUGCUGCUGGCUGGACCGUCUGCCGCGCAGAACUGCGUGGGCGAGAGUUUCUCGAACAACAGGCUGUACUCCCUCUGCAGCUCCCUCCCCGAGCUGGGCGCCACGCUGCACUGGACCUACCACCCUUCGAACGCCACCCUCGACGUCGCCUACCGCCUGCCCUCCCCGGCCUCCGGCUGGGCCGCCUGGGCCAUCAACCCUUCCGGCGCCGGCAUGCUCGGCGCCAACGCCUUCCUCGCCUUCCAGAACUCCUCCACCGGCGCCGUCUCCGUCAUCACCACCGUCCUCGCCACCUCGACCGGCUACUCCCCCGCCAUCACCGACGAGGCCCUCAGCUUCGCCGUCCACGACCGCUCGGCGGAGUUCGCCGCCGGCGCCUACACCAUCUACGCCACCCUCGACCUCCCCGGGAACGGCACCGCGCAGAACACCGCGUGGCAGGCCGGCACCGCCUUCUCCUCCGCCGGCCUCCCCAGCGGCCUCUCCAACUCCCGCCUGCACCGCAAGAACAUCCAUGGAGUGUUGAAUGCCAUGAGCUGGGGUCUUCUGUUUCCUCUCGGAGUGAUCAUGGCGAGGUACCUGAGGGUGUUCAAAUCGGCCGAUCCUGCCUGGUUCUACCUCCACAUCACUUGCCAAUGCUCCGGUUACAUCCUCGGCGUUGCUGGGUGGGGUCUAGGCCUUAAACUUGGCAGCGAGUCCAAGGGAAUUACAUAUUACGCCCACCGCAACAUCGGAAUCGCUCUUUUCUGCCUCGCCACGCUUCAGGUGUUUGCAUUGCUUUUGCGCCCUAACAAAGACAACAAGUAUCGCAUAUACUGGAAUGUAUACCACCACUCGGUCGGAUACACGGUCAUCCUCCUGAGCAUCAUUAACAUCUUCAAGGGUUUCAACAUAUUGAACCCCGCCGAUAAGUGGAAAAAUGCGUACAUCGCUGUCAUUUCAACGCUGGGCGGUAUCGCUCUGUGUCUCGAGGUUAUAACAUGGGUGAUUGUUCUGAGGCGGAGGUCGUCGAGGAGCUCCGAGAAGUCGCACCAUGGCGCUGCAAAUGGAUAUGGUUCGAGGCAACAUCAUGCAGUAGUGUGAAUGUAUGUGUGUUUAUUUAUUACAUGUGUGAGAUAAGAGGGAUCAUUUUGAGGGAGAGAUGGAGAUGAGAUUGAGAUGGUUGCUUGUUGACAGACUAGUUUUCCCUCUUUUUUGGUUUUGGGAUUGUGUAAUUGAUGUUUCAUCUAUGUAGCUUGUUGGAUCACUAUACCUUGUUUUCUAUGUAGUUUGUACACUUGUUCCACUUAAUUGACAUUGCAUUUAUUUGUUUGUUAA